CAGCCGUAUGGGAACUGUGUAGCGCAUACUCGAAAGCUUGGCUCAUAUUUUCGUCCCAUUACAAGUUGUGUUCUUCUCUCUGACCUAGUGACUCUAACAUUGGAGGGGUAUGUCAUCUACGCAAGAAGUUGGAGAGAUUUUUGGGGCGGGCAAAGGCCCAGCUCACGCCAUGAUGAGAUCGCCGACUGUACUUAUUGCCUCCAUUGGCCUGUGGGGCAUGAACGUCUUUUUCUUUCGAAUUUUUGGAAUCGACUACGUUAAGGUGCUUAAACAUGAUCUCUGGCUCAUCGAUGGAAACGGUGGAACGCCGACGAUCUUAUCAUCGUCGGCAAUACCAACACAAGGUUUUGCACAUAGGCCUCAUCAACUUCCUCCUUCGUCCCAAGAGGAAUUGCUCGUACGGCAAAGGAGGCUUGGAGACGACGCAUACUCUUCCGACGAAUCUCAAUCGGACGAGGUCGCAGAUGAUGAUUCAGCUGUCGAAGUCACUUUGAUCGUCGAUGGGAAUGCUGUUACUUGGGGUCGUCUCGUCGGGCUUUCCCUCUGCCUGUUAAUAUUGCUGCAUUCGACGUACUAUUGCUGGAUUGAUAUGUGGGGUGGCGGGUCUAUAGGUGCCGUCUUUGCGUUUUACGCCACUGUUACCAUCGCAAUAGUCUUUCCUUUACCAAGCACACGUUGGUUGCGCAAAGCGACGGUCUUGGUGCUCCAACGAGCGUUUGAGCUCGUCAAUCCGCGUUGUUCGUGUGUAAGCUUGGAACAGAACACAUGUCCCAGGCCAAUACCUUUCGUGGACGUAUUUUUCGCUGACGCCAUGUGUAGUCUUUCCAAAGUCCUUUUUGAUUGGGGAAUGCUUAUGCAUAUGGCUUCCCACUAUCCGUACCCCGUCCCCAAAGACAUUCACCACAUUGUCAUCCCCAGUGUCUUUGCUGCCAUUCCUUUUUUAAUUCGUGCCCGCCAAUGCCUUGUCAUGUACACUGUCGGCCGGUUGCGGAACGAUGCGCACCGUGCAGCUCACCUUUGGAACGCGCUGAAGUACUCUACAUCAGUUUUCCCGCUGUGUUUGUCGGCCUACCAGAAGACUGUCUCAGCCAAACGAGCACUAGAAUUGGAGCCGUAUUUGAUUGGGCUGGUCAUUAUUAAUUCGACCUACGCUUUAUAUUGGGACAUUGUAAUGGACUGGGGUUUUUUCAAAAACCCUGGAGCAGCUUGUGUUGGCGGUAUCUAUCCGAUGGAUCAAAACCGCCCAAAAUCGUGUGGACACGCUAUUUUACGGCCCCGACUUCGAUUUGGUGUCGCAAUGUCCGUCUUAAUUCUGACGGCCGAUACCAUUUUGCGUUUCAGUUGGUUACUUCGGUUUUAUCAUACCAUCUUUCCCAGCGGUGAUUCUUUCGCGAUGUGCACCCAGUUUUUGGAAGUAUUUAGACGUGCCAUGUGGAACUUGCUGCGGAUCGAGUGGGAGAACCUAAAGCAGUCGACCACCCCGCAGCCUAAUUCCAAAACAAAGGACGAAGAAAUGGUCAAAUUCUUACCUAAAAGCGGGACCAUUCCACGAAAGAUUGAAACGUCGGAGGUGAAAGACGCCUGACCUCGAUUGCAAUUCACUCUUCUUCACGAGGUCUCAGAGCAGUAUGAGGAUGUUUUCCGUUGUUGCGGAUGAGGCGUAUCUUGAAGCAUCUUGCCCAAUUUGGGGGCAAAGUGUGAGCUCAGUGGCCAUCUCAAAGCAAUCUGUAGCGCUAGAGAGACGUACUUGCUUGU